GAGUCACUGGUCCAAACAGACGUGGCCAAAAUGGAGGUCGGGAGGGAUUUUGAAAAAAGUCCCGAAGACAGAACCAGCGAUUUGCGGCAAAGAAAACUUCUCCCAAGGGAUCAAGACACAGCAGAUGUUCAAAGAUCGGGACCAAAUCUAUCACAGAGUACAAUAAAACAUGUCAAGAUGCAGAAAUUGCUGGACAAAAUACAGAGCAAGAAGCUUGAGUUCCUGAGGCAGGUUGACAGUCAGUUGGGAGAACUGUUUGAUGAAGUGACUCAGGAGGUCAACACUUUCCAACAACCUUACACCAAUGGGAAUGGCACUGUUCAAAGGAACUCGAAUUCCAGAGAGGGACAGAAGAUAUUUGUACCAAGAGAUUCCCUUCUAACAGACCUGUUUGAGAUGCAGCACAUUCAGACCAUCUACCACAUAUUCGUGGCCAUUCUGAUAGUCUUGAUGAUCAAUACCUUUGUGUAUGACAUUGUAGACAAGGGAAGUUGGAUGGUGGACUUUUCGAUGGUGUCCUUUGCGUUUGACAGGAUGCCCAUUGUUCUUCACACGUGGGUCUACAUGCAGCUCUCCACCAUUGCUGUUUACUGUGCCUUUAACCACUGGGCUCACAAUAGAGGGAAGUAUGGUGCCUGGUUUGACUGGUUGUACUGUGUGGGGUAUCUUGGUUACCAAGCCGGUUUUGGCUGGUUACCCCUCCGACAGAUCUGUUACCACAGCUUACCUCCCACUGCUGCUCUCAUUGUUGUCUGUGAACAAGUACGAAUGGUUAUGAAAGUGCACUCCUUUGUCAGGGACAAUGCCCCUAAAGUUCUAAAGACAAAAGAAGUUUCCUCAGCUGAUGGACCUGAAAAGUGUCUGUUGUGUCCAGACUUCUCCAAGUAUCUGUACUUCCUCUUUGCCCCCACUCUUGUCUAUAGGGAUGAAUACCCAAGGACUCCUUCCAUCAGGUGGAACUAUGUGGUCAGCAACUUUGGGCAGGUUGUGGGCUGUCUUGUCUACGCCAACUUUGUUCUGGUGCGCUUCAUGAUUCCAGUUUUCCAAAACAUCGGGAAGGAACCAACAAGCUCAAAGGUGUUGGUGCUGGCCAUUUUUGGGUCCAUGCUGCCGGGCAUGCUGGUCCUGUUUCUCAUCUUCUUCGGUGUUCUCCACUCUUGGCUAAACGCUUUUGCAGAGAUGCUGAGAUUUGCUGAUCGACAGUUUUACAAGGACUGGUGGAACUCUACAUCAUUUGCUGGCUACUACCGGUCCUGGAAUGUAGUUGUGCACGAUUGGCUCUACUAUUACAUCUACAAGGACAUUAUGUUGCUGCUUGGUUACCAUAACAAGACGUAUGCUGCCCUGUCUGUGUUUGUGCUGUCUGCCAUCGUGCAUGAGUACAUCAUUGCUUUCUCCCUGGGCUUCUUCUACCCAGUCCUGCUCUGCAUGUUUGGUGGCAUUGGGGUGGUUCUGUUUUUCCUGGUGCCCCAGCAGCCGUCCCGUAUGUGGAACAUCGGGCUGUGGGUGGGCCUGUUCACCGGGAUGGGCCUGCUCAUGUGUCUGUACUGUCAGGAGUGGUACGCCAGGAUCAACUGUCCCAGGGUCUACGACUCCUAUGCAGACUACGUGAUUCCUCGCUCCUGGAUCUGCAUGAUGCAAAAUGUCCACUGAAGAACCACUGACCCUCUACUAACUACUGUAUAUAUCUGUCUAAAGUUAAAACCUAAGAUCCAACACAAAGAAGUUCUCUCACCAAGAGCUUUUGACCAGGUUUGACCAAUGUGGCUCCUCACUGGGUCAACUUCUUUGUGUUGGAUCUUAAGUUUUAACUUUAUACAUGUAACUACCAACACAGAUAAACUUUCAUGAUAGUACUGAUACAUCUGCACAUUUGUUAAGGGUAUUUUGUAAAGAAUUCUGACUAAAAAUUAGAACACUUUUGUAAACUAUCUUAGGAGUGACCAAGGGUGGUAGGUCAGUGUUAGUUGCCAAUAAUUGUACUGUAUAGUAUAAGUCAAAAUAAUUGAUCUUUGAGCAUGAAUUGCAGUGCCAUAGAACAGGGAUGAAAGGUGAAAAGGUGAAUCAUUUGUCGUUCAUUAGAUUUCAGCCAAAUUUGGAGGUUGGAAACAUUUUUUUUGAUUGGGCAAUGUGUUGUUUGGGACUUUAAUAUGAUACAUUUGAACAGGAGCUGACAAUAUAACUCUUAAGAGCUAUAAUGACACCAAAAAGAGUAGGGGAACUUCCCAGUGCGAGUGGUUCAAACUUUACAGUCUGGUCUCAGGUUUGACAUCUUGAAAAGGUGAUAGUCACCUGUUAUGUCAUUCCUUCCACAAAUGUGGUAAAUCUUCAUAACUAAAUAAAUAAGAGCUAUGAAAACACAUCGUUUUUGAGGUAUGUUAAUUUGUUAGUUUUCAAAGGAUGAAACUCAAUUAAAAUCUUUAAAUCAAUUCCAGACAACUAGUAUUUAAAAAGUAUUGAAUGUUUCCAUUUUCUUCCACUUUUGUUACCUCUCAAAGUCUUAGAGACCAACUUCAAAAAACAGUCCAUGUGAAUAACAUACACAUAUUUAGGUGCUACUUGUUAUAUUUAUUCAUCUAUUUAUUCACCAAGUUUUCACCUUUCCUAUCAGUACUUAGUAGUUAGUAAGUUAAGUGAUGCCUAGACUAUUAUCUAAGGAUAUUCUUGUUCACCAUAGACUCAGUAAGAUUUGUUGUUGCACAUUUUGUUAUUCAAUUUGGUAGAAUAAUUAAUAUAAUACAAGGUAGGAACUAUGGGUGAAGUAUAUUAUUAUAUUUUGGCAAAAUUUGUGAUGAAAGUGCUACAGAUUUCUAUAUCACUGAAAAAAAAAUGUACAUUACGAUCUUUCAAAUUACAUUUUAUAGAAUUCUACAAGGCUUGCAAAUAUAGAAACAUCUAUAUAGAUAACUGUGGCUGCUAUUAAUGAUUAUAAAUGACAUAUUUUCCAAUUUAUUAGAAUGACAACAAGACAAUGCAACAUGGAGCAUCAGACAGCAAAUGCUAGUGUUGUGUAUCACACAUAUUACAAAACAUAUUCUAUACAACACUAAAUGAGGAAGUUGCUCAAUAAAAUAGCUAUAAAUGUAACAGGUACUUCUCAAAAAAGCUGUAUGAUAGAAACAUGCUGAAAUGUUGCAAUUGUACCUUUCGUACCUACCUUUUCCAAAGUAAGACUUGCUGUUUUAGUAGUUACCUGAUUGUCUAAGGUUUUUCUUGUAGAAAAAUUAAGUGAUUGUCACUCAAAGAGCUUAAUUCUCAUAUGUACGGAUAAGAUAUGAAGUGUACAUUUGGAACAGACGUGAAGUAAUAUAUUAUCUCAUUUGGGAUGUAAUAUACAAUGUAUUGUCUUAUUUGAGUGACAUAAAGCAAUUAUGAGUGAAAUGUGCAAUGAAAAGGACCAAACUAUUUUCCCAUGAAAUAUGUCUUUCUGCACUUUUUCAACUAUUCAUAUCUAACUUUUACUGAUAUUAUAUUCUUACAGGCAGUAUACAACUACUAGUAUAUAAUUCUGUUGAUUUGUAGAUACAGAUGACUAUAUUUUAUUGGAAAUGAAAACCUUCACUGAACAUAAGCAAUGCAAAUAGCUAGAAGUACAACUGUUUUGAAGUGUAACGUUAACUGUUUUGAAGUUAUCAUUGAUAUUGUUAAGUCACAGAGUUCUUACUUGAUCAGUUGCACUUAAUAUAUGGUUAUCAUGCUUAUUUGUUGUGAAAAGUGGAUAUAAUUUAUUUGGUUUUCCAUGAAGAAAAUGCUUAUUUCUCAGGUUGGACAGAGUAGAUAAAUCUGUAAAUGGUGAUGAGUUGUCUUUCAAGCAAUAAAGACGUUUCAGAGCUUGUAGCA